UCAUGACUUGAUCCAUCUGCAGGUUUGGGGCUAGCAUGGGUGGCCAUCCUGGCCUUCGAAGCACUCAUCUUUGUCCUCACAGUUCAUCGGACCUGUAAAUCUAGAGGUUUAUCGCGGUUAGGUGUGAUGUAUUUUGGGUGAGGGCGUUAGUGAACCCGUGAUUCGAGUGGGUCUAAUUGAUACAUUCCUUCAGAGCCAUGACACUCUGUAAUAUACCGAACAUUGUGAUGUACUACGUGAGUCGACAUCCUAGUGGAGUUACAAACCGCUCGCAACUUGAAUCAGUAUGGACCAUUAUUAGAGGCAAUGUGGGUCUAGCUAUAUUCACUAGCUGCAUGUCCGUUACUCUCAUUUCUCGGCUGAUGCUUAACCUGCACAAAUCUGUGGACUCUGGCAUUUUAUCCGUCCCUGCCCGGGACGACGACUACUGCCUCUCAGUCUUUACUACUAGUAUCAGCAUACAGUCUGAGAUCGCCUAGAUCUCGCCAUUGCGAAGGUGACGUCAGGCUCCCUUUCUGUAUGCCA